AUGCUGUGGAGCAGGGUGGUGCCCGAGGUUACACACUUUGCCCGGCUAGACAGGCCCCCUGACAUUCUCGUCUUACAUGUGGGUGGUAAUGAUCUGGGUGUGCGCUCCAUGAGGGAGCUAAUUCGAGAUGUAAAAUUUGAUUUCCUGGGUCUUCGCAGGGCUUUUCCCCAGAUGGUCAUUGUGUGGUCAGACAUUGUGAGCAGGCAAACAUGGCGGCUGGCCCGUUCAGUAGCUAAGCUGAAUAAGGCCAGGAUAAAGUUUAACACCUCACUGCACCUUCCUCCACUCUUGGCGUUCCGGAUGGCUUUUGAGAUGUUGAACUCCUCCGGAAACUCGAGUGGCUGUCAGCCUCAACACAUUAACCCUUUCAUUCCCAUCUUCUUGAGCUUCAUCUUCUUCAUUGGCUUUGUGCUGAACUGCAUCAGUUUAUGGAUAUUUUGGUUCAAGGUAAAAGACUGGACUUCGACAGUGGUUCUCCAGUUCAACUUGGCCAUCUCUGAUGCCAUCAUCACCCCAGCAGCUCCUCUGAUCAUUAUCUACUCCUUGACUGACCACUGGACCUAUGGAUUGUUCUUCUGCCAGUUCAAGGUCUUCUUACUCAGCACUCACAUGUAUGGAAGCAUUUACUUCCUCACCUUAAUCAGUAUCCACCGAUAUUUCUCUGUUGCUCACAACAUUAAAAGACCAGCCUUGACCAGAAAACCUUUCAUAACAAAACUUUGCCUCUUUGUCUGGGGUUGUCUGCUAUGCCAAGGUAUUCCAUUUUUCUUUGUCCUCAAAACUUCUGAAGUUCACGGGGUUACAAAAUGUCUCAGCAUCCACCAAACCGAACACGCAGUUUUAUUUUUUGUUUGGAACUGUGUCAUCCUUUUCUCUGGUCUCCUCAUUCCUUUCUCCAUAACAUUGGUUUGUUACACUCUACUGAGUCGACACCUCCUCAAAAUUAACCCAGUAAACACCCUCAGCAAAGUCAUGGUGUCCACGUCAGUGCAGACAAUCUUCAUCUCCCUAAUAAUUUUCAUUAUCUGCUAUAUACCGGUUCAUAUCACCAGGACCAUGGGAGUCGCCAUAAUAUUGUUCUUCCCAACUUCCUGUUCUUUGUUGGAAAACAUUGAGAUUGCCUAUUAUAUCACUUGGAUGAUGUCAGGAACAAAUUGUUGUAUGGAUCCCAUAUUGUACUGUUAUGCAUCUGACAGAUUUAAAUACACAUUCACAAGUUGGUGUACUUUUCUGCAAAGACGGCAUGAGAGGAACAUCACAGACGAUGAUCAUGGUAACCCAAUUGAGUCAUCUAUGGAUAUUUACUGUCAUGGUGCUGUGACUAUGAACAGCAAAGAAACUGUGUUGUCAGGGUCAGGUGAACUGUAA